AUGCUACAGCACCUGGUCUGCGACAACGGCUCCGGCCUCUGCAAAGCCGGCUUUGCCGGCGACGAUGCCCCCCGCGCCGUCUUCCCCUCCAUCGUGGGGCGGCCCCGGCACCAGGGUGUCAUGGUAGGCAUGGGGCAGAAAGACAGCUACGUGGGGGACGAGGCGCAGAGCAAGAGGGGUAUCCUCACGCUCAAGUACCCCAUCGAGCACGGCAUCAUCACCAACUGGGAUGACAUGGAGAAGAUCUGGCACCACUCCUUCUACAACGAGCUGCGCGUGGCCCCCGAGGAGCACCCGACCCUGCUCACCGAGGCACCCCUCAACCCCAAGGCCAACCGGGAGAAGAUGACCCAGAUCAUGUUCGAAACCUUUAAUGUCCCUGCCAUGUACGUCGCCAUCCAAGCCGUCCUUUCCCUCUACGCCUCCGGCCGCACAACCGGCAUCGUCCUCGACUCCGGGGAUGGCGUCACCCACAACGUGCCCAUCUAUGAGGGCUACGCUCUGCCCCACGCCAUCAUGCGUCUCGAUUUGGCCGGCCGUGACCUCACCGACUACCUCAUGAAGAUCCUCACUGAGAGGGGCUACUCCUUCGUCACCACCGCCGAGCGGGAAAUUGUGCGCGACAUCAAGGAGAAGCUCUGCUACGUGGCCCUCGACUUCGAGAACGAGAUGGCCACAGCAGCCUCCUCCUCCUCGCUGGAGAAGAGCUACGAGCUCCCCGACGGGCAGGUCAUCACCAUCGGGAACGAGCGUUUCCGCUGCCCCGAGACCCUCUUCCAACCCUCCUUCAUCGGCAUGGAGUCAGCCGGCAUCCACGAGACAACCUACAACUCCAUCAUGAAGUGCGACAUCGACAUCCGCAAGGACCUCUACGCCAACAACGUCUUGUCCGGCGGCACCACCAUGUACCCCGGCAUCGCCGACCGCAUGCAGAAGGAAAUCACGGCGCUGGCUCCCAGCACCAUGAAGAUCAAAAUCAUCGCCCCACCGGAGCGGAAGUACUCGGUGUGGAUCGGUGGCUCCAUCCUGGCGUCCCUCUCCACCUUCCAGCAGAUGUGGAUCAGCAAACCCGAGUACGACGAGGCCGGACCAUCCAUUGUCCACCGAAAAUGCUUCUAAGCCCCUU